AUGGCCUUGUUGGGCGCGUCACACGUGACGGUGGUUGACGCGUCCCCCGCGAACGCCUCUUGGGGCUCCCGCCUCGCGGCCGCCGCGGGCGUCGCCGGCCGCGUGGGUUACGUCGUGGGUGACGUCACGGAGCUGACUAAGGAGCAGGAGGAAGCUGCUGGGGCAGCCGACCUGGCGGUGAUGGAGCUGGGGGUGCUGCACUACUUCCUGGAUCUCAAUCCUCUGUUCGCCCUGGCUUUCCGACUUCUGCGCCCCUCUGCCGGGGCGACCCUGGUUCUGAGGGAGUUCCACCCCAUCUCAACCAAGCUGCUGCAGAAGCCCGGCGCCUCCAAAAAAUGGAAGCUGGCAGGAAGCUACUUCGAUUGCGACCUGGCGACAUCGGCUGUCGCCUACUCAAAGCACAAUUCAAAUGAGGGCGCAGGGGCGAGUGGAAACGGCAGCGGCGACGGCGGCGCGGCGGAGGGGCCGGCGGGCACGCUGCUGCGGCGGUGGACUCUGGGGGAGGUCGUUACUGCUGCGGCGGCGGCGGGGUUUGUGGUGGUGCGGUUGGAAGAAGAGCCCGGGGUGCGACUGGCGGACGCGGGGAUACCAAAGCUCUUCACGCUGGUGGCCCGGCGGCCCUGA